AUGUCCGCCGGCAACCGCGGUUCCAGUAACCCCUCGCGUCGCAAACGCCUGCGCGAUGAGGAUGAGGAUGACGCUCUCUCAUCUUCUCCUGCCCUCCCCUCUUCGCCUCCAUUACUACCAAAUAACGAGAACGAUGACGAAGACGAUCUGGACGCUCAGGACGACCUUAUCGACGACAUUGACGAUGCCGAUGAAAUGGCAGAAGACGAAGACGGCAUCGAUCUCUUCGGCGAUAACUUCAUGAGAGACGAACGCGAACGCAGAGAGCAAGAUACAUACCAGGGCCGGAUGAUCGACGAUGAAGGCGACUACGCAGAUCUUGACGCGGCUACUAGACGACAACUAGAGGCGCGCAUGGACAAGCGAGACCGAGAACUUGCCAGCAGACGGCGUAUGCCCGCGGCGUUCAUGCAGGACGACGAAGAUGAUGCUGGUGUUGACCUCACAAAGCAACCCCGCCGCCGCCGUCACGCCUAUGAUGAGGACCAUGAGGAUAUGGACCUAGAUGACAACAUAAUGGAGGAAGAGCUCUCUCUUGAGACACUUCAAGACGUUAAAGCUUCCAACAUUGCCGAAUGGGUCAACAUUCCCGCAGUCACGCGAACCAUUACACGCGAAUUUAAGGCCUUCCUGACAGAGUACAUCGAUGCUCACGGGACUUCAGUUUACGGAACCCGCAUCAGGACGCUAGGCGAGGUCAACUCAGAGUCUCUGGAGGUCUCGUACGAUCAUUUGUCUUCCACUAAGGCCAUCUUGGCCUACUUUCUGGCGAAUGCUCCGACUGAAAUCCUGAAGAUCUUCGACAACGCGGCGUUCGAGGUCGUCCGUCUCCACUAUCCCAACUACGAGCUCAUUCAUCCUAAGAUACAUGUCAGAAUCUCGGAUCUUCCUGUACACUAUACACUGAGACAACUGCGACAAUCGCACCUCAACUGUCUCGUCCGUGUCUCGGGCGUGGUCACACGCCGGACUGGCGUCUUUCCCCAGCUUCAGAUGGUUCGAUUCACUUGCGGCAACUGUGGUGUAACAUUGGGGCCUUUCGCGCAGGAGUCGACUUCAUCAGAAGUAAAGCCUACGUUCUGCUACGGAUGCCAGAAGCGGGGCCCAUUCACCCUUAAUACCGAACAGACCGUCUACCGCAACUAUCAGAAACUCACGCUCCAAGAAUCUCCUGGAACUGUCCCAGCAGGACGCUUACCACGUCAUCGGGAGGUUGUUCUGCUGGCUGACUUGAUUGACAAAGCCAAGCCAGGCGAAGAAGUGGAGAUUACUGCUAUCUACCGUAACAAUUACAGUGGACAGCUCAACAACAAAAACGGGUUUCCGGUCUUUGCUACCAUGCUGGAAGCCAAUCACAUCAUCAAGACUCAUGACCAGCUGGCUGGCUUUAAGCUGACGGAGGAAGAUGAGCGACAGAUCCGUGCACUUGCCAAAGACCCUCAGAUUGUAGACAAGGUCAUCGAGUCAAUCGCACCUUCCAUCUACGGCCACAAGGAUAUCAAGACUGCAGUAGCAUUGUCGUUGUUCGGUGGCGUCAGCAAACAGGCUCAGGGCAAGAUGAACAUUCGAGGCGAUAUUAACGUGCUGCUUCUCGGCGAUCCGGGUACAGCUAAAUCUCAAGUCCUGAAGUACGUGGAGAAAACAGCCCAUCGUGCUGUUUUUGCAACUGGCCAAGGAGCGUCAGCUGUCGGUUUGACCGCUUCCGUCAGACGGGACCCUUUGACAGCUGAGUGGACACUCGAGGGCGGAGCUCUUGUGCUUGCUGACCGAGGAACAUGUCUGAUCGACGAGUUCGACAAGAUGAAUGAUCAAGAUCGGACCUCGAUCCACGAAGCUAUGGAGCAGCAGACGAUAUCAAUCAGCAAGGCAGGUAUUGUCACCACACUCCAGGCUCGUUGUGCCAUUGUGGCUGCAGCCAAUCCCAUCGGCGGUCGCUACAACAGCACUAUUCCAUUCAGCCAAAACGUCGAGUUGACCGAGCCUAUUCUGUCACGUUUCGAUAUUCUAGUUGUCGUCAGAGACACUGUCGAUCCGGCGGAGGAUGAGCGUCUUGCCAACUUCGUUGUCAACAGCCACGGCCGUGCUCAUCCAAACCAGUUGUCGGUUGAUGAUGGCGACACAGCUGCAAUGGAGACCGAGGAAAAUACGGUCAACAAUGGCGAACCAGAGAAAGAGGGCGCCAUUCCACAAGAGCUCCUGAGGAAAUAUAUCCUGUUCGCACGCGAGAAGUGUCGACCCAAGCUCUACCAAAUCGAUCAGGAUAAAGUGGCCCGCUUGUUCUCGGACAUGAGGCGAGAGUCACUGGCCACCGGGGCUUAUCCUAUCACUGUCCGUCAUCUGGAAGCGAUCAUGCGCAUUGCUGAGGCAUUUGCAAAGAUGCGCUUGUCCGACUUCUGCUCAUCGCAAGACAUCGAUCGUGCUAUCGCAGUGACAGUCGACUCCUUUGUCAGCAGCCAGAAGGUUAGCGCAAAGAAAGCACUUGCAAGAGCGUUCGCCAAGUACGUAAUAGUCCUACUCCAACCUCGAUCCGGCUAA